CGUCACUCGCUGUUCGUUUUACUUCAGCGCAGCUGAGCUGAUCGGGCGCCAUGGGGAAGCACUUUAUGGAUGACCUGGUGCCUGGAAGCAGCAAAACGUGGAAGGACAUGUGCAAGAAGGAGACGCCCACAGUGGGCACAGAUGGGGUACUUUUGGGGCCCUGGAGGGAGGCCAUCAUCGCGGCAGUGGCAACCGAGAAGGCCGGUCAUGGGGAGCGCUACUCGGACGGCCCAGCGGGGCAGGUGCUGGACUACAUGAUGGAGCGCGGCUUCAGCAAGUUCCACGCCUCCGCGGAGAAGACGGAGCAAGCCGCGCACGAGGGCCGCAUCGGGCCCGGCGGCGGCUACAGUGCCGGUGGCGGUGGCGGUGGCGGCAGGUCGCCGGUGUGCCCUCAUGGGCCGUCGUGCUAUCGCACCAACCCUGAUCACUUCAAGGAGUAUUCACAUCCUUGGAAAGACGAGGAGUCGAGCGGAUGGGCGUGUCCAAAGUGCACCUUGCGCAACAAGCCCUCCGCCCGGCAGUGCGAUGCCUGCGGUGCUCCCGCGCCCGGCGGCGGCGGCGGCGGCGGCGGCGGCGCCGACGCCUCCUGCCAGAUACAGAUUAGGUGCGGCCGGUGCAGCAAGAUCUGCGCCGUGGAGGUCCCGCCAGGAACGCCAGCAGGGGCCCGGGUCCAGGCGAAGUGCCCGCAGUGCGGCUGCACCAAUGAGGCGCAGAUGCCGUUCACUGCCGGUGCGGCCAAGCCGCCCACGCACGUUUCAACGGGAGGACACGCACCACGGCCGACAGGCCGCAAGAAAGCGCUGCUGAUCGGAUGCAACUACUUCGGCACCCGCGCUGAGCUGCGGGGAUGCAUCAACGACGUGCACAACCUGCACCGCCUACUUACGGAGACUUACGGAUGGUCUUCGCGGGACAUUCACACCCUCACGGACGACGGCCGUGGGGGCGGGAUGCCCACGCGGCACAACAUCGAGCAGCACUUGCGGUGGCUGGUUGAGGAUGCUCGACCAGGAGACGUGCUCUUCUUCAGCUUCUCGGGCCACGGCGCGCAGCAAGAGGAUCCGCAUGGCUUUGAGGAGGAUGGCAUGAACGAGACCAUCCUCCCCGUGGACUUUGAACACGCUGGAAUGAUGACCGACGACCAGAUCAGCGACUACAUCGUAAAGCCCCUGCCCGCGGGAGUGAGGUUGACAGGAGUGCUGGAUUGCUGUCACAGUGGCACUGGCCUCGACCUGCCCUUCACCUGGGACAUGCGGAGAGGCAUGUGGCGCGAGGAGGUGAACCCGUUCCACUCCCAGGGCGACGUCCUGAUGUUCAGUGGAUGUGAAGAUGACGACACCUCCUCCGAUGCUGCCAACAUGUACUCAGCCCCUGGUGGUGCGAUGACGACAGCCUUUUGCGACGUGCUUCGGAGGACCCGCAACCCGAUUUAUCCGCAGCUCUUGCAGAUGCUUCAUCAUUCUCUGAGUCACAAAGGUUUCAGCCAGCGGCCUGUGCUGAGCGCGACACAACGGUUCUCUCUUGACCGGCCCUUCUCCUUCGACGACAUCAAUCCGAACAUGAACCCCCAGCUGGGGCGCAUCUUCCGGCAGCGCUUCCCGCCCAGGCCGCGGCCAAUGAGCGGCCCACUGGCGGACAUGCUGGGCCCCGUGGGGAUGCUGGCAGGCGGUCUGCUCGUGGGCGCAUUGGUGGGCGCGCUCUUCGAUUAGCCAGGUCUGAUGGGACCAAGACCAGAGACCAGUGCCAAUCUCAAACA